GGGGCUGGGGGAGGCGCUCGGCCCUCGCGCCGGCCCCGGACAUCUCGACGGCCCUGAGCACAGUGGGCCCGGGGCGGGGCGCAGCUCGGCGCGGCAGCAGGCGGACGAGGCGGACGCAGCGGCAGCGGCGGGGGGGGGGCGGCGGCGGUGGGGCGGCCCCCAGCCUGCCUCGGUCAUGGGCAAUGGGCUGUCGGAGCCCGGCCCCGGCCUGCUGGCCGGCCUGCCCCCCUUCCAGUGCUUCCACAUCGUGAUCCUGGGCCUGGACUGCGCCGGCAAGACCACGGUGCUGUACCGGCUGCAGUUCGACGAGUUCGUGAACACGGUGCCCACUAAGGGCUUCAACACGGAGAAGGUGCGCGUUACACUGGGCAACGCCAAGACCGUGACCUUCCACUUCUGGGACGUGGGCGGCCAGGAGAAGCUGCGGCCGCUCUGGAAGUCGUACACGCGCUGCACGGACGGCAUCGUGUUCGUCGUGGACUCGGUGGACGUAGAGCGCAUGGACGAGGCCAAGACGGAGCUGCACCGCAUCACGCGGCUGGCCGAGAACCAGGGCGUGCCCGUGCUGCUCGUGGCCAACAAGCAAGACCUGCGCGACUCGCUGCCGUUGGCCGAGAUCGCGCGGCUGCUGGCCGUGGGCGAGCUAGCCGCGUCCACGCCUUGGCACCUGCAACCCACCUGUGCCAUCAUCGGCGACGGCCUGCGCGAGGGCCUCGAGAAGCUGCACGAGAUGAUUCUCAAGCGCAGGAAGAUGCUGCGCCAGCAGAAGAAGAAGAGAUGAGGCCGCGCGCGCGCGCGUGGGGGCGCCGCGUGACCGCCGCCGAGCCGCGGAGGGGGGCCGGGGACCCCCGGGGGGCGCGCCGCCGCCCGCCCGCGGGCUAGGAACUGACCAGCAGACAGACGGCAGCUGUAGGCGUUUGACCUCGAGUCCCUAGGGAAAUAAAGCUAUGGACGGUGUCUGUCUGUCCUCCCGCCCGCCGUAUGGCUUAAACGCCCUGGAAUGGAAGCGUGAAGAGGGGCCCGCAAACUCGUAUUUAUUCACGGGGUCCUGCCGCAGGGCCCAAGGGGAUCGGGUGGGGGAAGGGCUGUGUUUUGCCAGCUUUGGUCCGGGGGGAGUGCCAGGAUUUGAGCCGAAUCCGCGGCUGUGUUACUUAGGCUACUGCUGAAGCCGGUCCGAUUCCGGUGUGAGAUGGGAUCUCUUCAGGCGCAUGGAUUAGUUAUCCUGACGAGGAGCAUGUUUUGGUGGGUAGUAUUCUCGUUUCUUAGAAAGAGCUAUGCAUCCUCCUCCCCAAGGGGCGGCUAGGACGCUCCUUUGUCUUUAAGAGGUGGACUUGCUGUCGGGAGCACUUAAUGUCACUCGCAGGCCCGGGAGCGAUCUGCUUGACCCCCUUUUCCGAAAGACGUCUGUCUGUAAUACAUGCCUGCAGACUGGGCUUGUGCAGAAAACCAUCUGGGUUAGGGGGAACAAAAGAAAGAUGUACUGGCCCUGUCCGGCCCUCAGCCCACGGGGGAAAGAUGAUUGUGCCGACAGAAUCGGCUGUGUGGGGUUUGUCUACCUUUUCAGUAUUGUGGGAGGCACCUAAGCUUAAUGGGCAGCCCUCGGGCUUAGGUUCUUGUUUACAAAGUGAACAAACAGUGUUAGGUGGGUAGGACGGAGGAAAGGGUCAAGCCUAGUUCUUAUUGGUACAGUACAUCUGCCGAUCAAACAUUUGAGUACAAGCAUCUGAAGAAAGCUGUAGCUUUUAUAUAAAAACUGCUGGUGCUCUAGGAAACUAGAAAAGGGAAAAACCCCUUAACUUCAAUGUGAAAAUGUGUUUUUUUUUUACCAAAAAAAGUCAUCCUUUUCUACCAACCAGCAUUGACUUCUAACUGCCAUGUGUUUAGAAAACAUCACUGUUAAUUCUGUGUGUAAAGAAACUUGAUUUGUACAACCAGCCACUGUUUGUUCUGAAGGCGACCAAAAAUGCACUUUAGCAGGGUGGUUUUUGUUUUGUUUUAUAGUGAAACAGCUGAUUUUAUGGAACCCUGGUUUAAAUAAACAAGAGUUAAAAUUGCA